AUGCCUCCCCGAAAGCAGUGGAUCGAUAAGAAAAACGCCACUACUUAUCAACUCUUCCAUCGUUCUCAGAAUGAUCCCCUUAUCCACGACCCCGAUGCGCAAGACCGUAUUCUUCAUCCUGUUUAUGGCCCAGCUGCCCAAGCGCCAAGUACAUCCUCAGCAAGUACAUCUUCAGCAGGUCGUGCUAAGCACUUAAGCGAUCUUGCCAGUGAAUUUGGGAAUGAUUCCAUUCGCAAGAACGAGGGUGAGGCAGCCAACUAUGGCAUUUACUUCGAUGACUCGAAGUAUGACUAUAUGCAACAUAUGCGAGAGUUGGGUACUGGAGGCGGUGCGUACUUCGUCGAAGCGACCAACAAGGACAAAGGCAAGACCAAGUCCUUGAAGCUGGAAGAUGCCCUUGCGCAGACUUCACUAAAUAACGAUGACACACGAAGUAACUGGGGUAAUCGUAGUUCUGUGGGCUCUGCAUAUGGAGCAUACUCUACUGCUUCUACAUACUCACGAAAACCGACCUACCAGGACCAGCAAGACGUGCCGGACUCCAUUGCGGGAUUUAAGCCGGACAUGGAUCCUCGACUUCGAGAGGUGCUUGAGGCGCUUGAGGAUGAAGAAUACGUCGACGAAAAGGAUGAUGAUGAUUUCUUUGGUGAGCUGACUGCCGAAGGGCAGGAGAUGGACCCUGGUGACUGGGAGGAUACUUUGUUCGACCACGACGAGGACGAAGGUUGGGAAUCCGAUGCAACAGAGAAAGCACCUGUCCAGCCAAGUACCUCAUCCUUGAAACAGGAGUCGAACGUCGCACCCGGAGAACUCCCAGAGCACGAUGCCCCGGCACCUGAUAUGAAUCCUGACGACCAAGAUUGGAUGCGCGAAUUCGCCAAGUUCAAGAAAGCUGGAAAAACAAAAACCACGCCCGCGGCUCCCCCUAGCAUUGUCCCAUCUGAACAGCGCAGCACCCUUGCCUCUACAGUCUUUACAGCAGGCGGAACACCAAUCCGUCGGAAAAAGCGCAAGGGCGCCCUCACCAACCCCUCCGCCUACUCCAUGACGUCUUCCUCUUUAGCCCGUACAGAAGGCCACCGCCUUCUAGACGACCGAUUCGAGCGCCUCGAAGCGCUAUACGCCCUCGACGAGGAGGAGGAGUACGAUGACUCAAUGUCCAUGGUUAGCGGCAUGACUGGAAUGACCGACAUGUCGACCGCCUCCUCACAAGCACCUAGUCUCAUUGACGCAAAUGGCAACGCAGUCGCACCUCGCCACGACUUUAACAACAUCAUGGACGAUUUUCUGGACGGGUGGGAUAAUAACACCAGUGCACAGGCCAAGAGAAAGGGCGCAAAGAACAAGCGUGGCAAGAACGGCAAUGAAGCGAUUGGCAUCCGGAUGUUGGAUGAGAUUCGGCAGGGUCUGGGUCCUGCGAGAGUACCGGGCCGGGUGUCUGGCAAGGUUUGAAGUCACUUUCUCUCUUAGUCUGGGAGAGCGUUCAAUUGACGAUUUCAAUGAUAUCCCUUCUUGAUGCUCAUGAUGGUUUAGAGCUUGGUUCAAGGCGUUUGGGGAGGAUUUUCAUUUCCUCAUAGACCGGGUCAGGUACAUAAAAGUCUUAGUACUAAAUUUGAUGAUGAUAUACCUCGAAAAUGAAUGAAAUAUGAUGGAGGCUUUUUUCUGCUUCAGUUUU